AUGGCAGCAGAGCAUGCUAAUCUCUCCAAAAUUUUGGCUGAAAGUUUCGAUGCAAAGGUUGCUAAGCGAGUUGGCGAGCUCGCACCGGUUGCUAACGCUUUGAAGGAAUGGGACAACACAAACGAAUCUAUCUCAGAACUCAGAUCAUUGCUCAAUGAUCCCGAGAUUGACCCUGAACUGCGAUCUCUCGCUAUCGAAGAUCUCGAGUCCAGCAGCGCUAGGCUUCCCACGAUCUCAGACAAUCUGAAAAAAUCCCUUAUUCCAAAACAUCCUUUUGCUGAUCUUCCUUGUCUGCUCGAAAUCCGGCCUGGAGCAGGCGGAGAUGAGGCCGGCCUUUUUGCAUCCGAACUUUUGAGAAUGUAUAUCGCUUUCUGCUCCCGUCGAGGCCUCCGAACAAACAUUGUGAAGCAAGAUGUAGAAGAUGGCCCAUCCAAUGACCGCCUCACUGAGGCAAUUAUGGAGGUCGAAAAUGAAGGCAGCUACGACAUUCUCAGGACGGAAACGGGCGUACACAGAGUCCAGAGGGUCCCUGCCACAGAGACAAAAGGUCGCACACACACCAGUGCAGUUAGUGUGAUGGUACUGCCAAGCUUCCCUGAAGCCGGUGGAGAUGAGAACGAUUAUGAAGACCCGAACAGCGAUUACUACGUCGAUCCCCAAGAAGUCCGUUCCGAAAGGAUGCGUGCCAGCGGUGCCGGAGGGCAGCAUGUCAAUAAAACAGAAUCCGCCAUCCGGUUGACACACAUUCCAACUGGAAUAACUGUCUCCAUGCAAGAUUCGAGAUCUCAACAUGCAAACCGUAAGAAAGCAUGGCAGCUGUUGCGAGCUAGAUUGGCUGAAGCAAGGAGGGAAGCACGCGAAGAGGAAAUGGUGAAACUCAGAAGGGGCGCCAUGGGCGGUGUCGCCAAGAUGGGCCGUGGUGAUAAGGUUCGCACCUAUAACUACAGCCAGAGUCGAUGUACCGAUCACAGAAGUGGAAUCACAGUGCACGAUCUUGCGAGCGUCCUCGAUGGCGGCCAUGGUCUUGAGACAGUCAUGGAGAGUGUCCGAGGGUGGCUCGUGGACCGUGAGGUGCAGAUGAUGGUCGCUGAGGAGGCAGCAAAAGGAUCCACUGGUAUAAACGCAAAAGUCAAGUAG